AGAAACACUAUUAUUUAUAAUAAGAAAAUACUAUUACCGACUUCUGCGUAAUAUCACUGGAGGUUUAUGACGUCAUAAAUCAUAUUAGAAAUUAGAAAAAACGUCGAAAUUGAGAAUCAGUUGAAAGAAGGUUCGCAAAAUAUAACAAGGGAGAUGCCGAACGUCAAAGUUGGUUCUAAUCAGGAUGGGCAAAGAAAUCAAGAAAGUAAUGACGUCAUCAGUAAUGACGUCACAAACAUCAAUGAAGCGGGAGGCCCGAGCUUUACCGUGCCAACAUUCAGCAUUAAGAGAAUCCCUGGAGUUUUUCAGGCCGAAUCACCCGUCCUUGACACACCUGAAGAAAUUCACAAACAAGCCUUAAAUAAAGACUUCAGCCAUUUCAUCGAUCGUGACAUCAGAUUACGUGAAUUACAUUCCCGUUUGCGACUUUUAGCGAUAAUAUCGUUCGCUAUGGCGGUUUCCGCGAGCUGUCUCGCAGUCGUUGAUAUUGAAACAUCAAAAUCAACAAGAGGAGUGCUAGCACGUACUCUUAACUGCGAAGAAACUUAUGUAUCAGGAUAUUUCAGAACAUGUCCCGCGUUGGUUGACCCAGAUAACGUUAUGCGUGAUGACCUCAUAAAUCGAACGAUUUAUGACGAACUGAUACGUCACAAUACGUAUUUUGAACGAUGGAUUUUUGCACAUAAGUCCUACGCAAUGGAUUACUGGGUAGUAGGAAUAGUGGCAAAGGCAAUUAUAACGAUACUCAGCAUCGCUGGCACAUAUUGCAGUGUGUCUUACUACGUUGCAGAGGUCGAUGUUCUAAAACUCAAGCGAUAUCUUCCUGAAGACGGUCAGUUCGCCAAGUCACCAAAAAUCAAGUCUUUUGCUUUGAAGACUCUAUUAUUAUUCCUCCACGUUCCACCUCUCACGGACGCCUGGAUUGACCCGCAGUUUCAGCUUCUGGUUGGGAUCAGAACGGUGGUGACUGGAGUCAAGGUUUUAAAAGAGUGCAACGAGUUGAGAUAUCACGGACUCGGCAACGUUUUAUCCAACCUAGCAAGAAUCAAGAUCCAUGGCACUUUCCUUCUGAAGACCUAUUUCCUCCGCUACCCACAGACAUCGUUAUUGUUCGUCUACCUUGCGGUCAUUGCUGUGUUGCCAUAUCUUCUCAUGCUUGCUGAAUACAGGGACGGACAUGCCCUUUCGUUUCAGGAUGCGUGUUGGCUCAUGGUUGUCACGGUAACCAACCUCGGUUCCGGAGAAGUGCGACCUCAUACAGUUCCAGCUCGUGCGGUUGUUGGAUUCGCUUCACUGGUCGGCAUUGUGACGACAGCUUUGUGGGUCAAUGUCAUAUCUAAAUAUAUGGAGUUGCCGCAAGAAGAACGAAGAAUUCUGGCGAUGGUAGAACAUCAGAGGAUCAGAAACCUUGAGAGACGGAAAGCCGCAAUGUGCAUUCAGGCAGCGUGGAGAUUGUUUCAUUACCAACAGUGUGGGGAGAGGAGAAAUGCACGAACAGUUUUCCUUCAGAAAGCUUGCAAGAAGGCGGUUUGGGACUGGAAAUGUAUAAGGCAGCAUUGUGAUAGAGUCCGCAGGUCGAUGGAAUCAACCUUUUCCACUGAAGACACUUUGAUUGUUGCCAGAAAUAUGGCGCGAAGAAUGUCUACUAAAGAAAGUCCAGAGAGACCGAAAAAGUCCGUAGCAGAUUUGGUUUGGGAACAGCGAAGCUCACAUCUCCUGCCAACCCCGAAUCUUAGGCCUAGUUUCAUCCGACAUGAAGAUGAGACAAUCGCUCCUUUGGCAGCGAUGCAUCUCAUGGACAGAUCAGCAGACAAUUGGGGAGGACCCAACAAUGCUCAGUUGCGACUUGUAGCGGAGGCAAUUUCUUCACUCAAUAACCAAAUGGCGGAAAUGAACGAACAAUUUAGGAAAAGUCAACGAAGAAUGACAUCACAAUUGAAAGAAUUACAUAAUAUUUUAGAAAAACUCAAAACGUGACGUCACUGAAUUAAUAAUUUAAAUUUUUUUAUUUGAAAAGAAAACGCAAAAUAUAACCUAAUAAACCUUCUUUUGGAAAUAUUA